ACUCAUUUCUCCGAUCCCGCUUCUGAAUCCAUCACCGACCACAUCUCGGAACUUUUGCCCAUCACAAAGACUACGUCUUUUUCGAGGAUCAUAUAUCUAAUGAGUAGGUGAUUGCCUAGGAAGCUCAACUUCUGUGUGAUUCAAUCCACUGACACAUCCAAGAAGAUAUAUGGAUGUCACAAUCACUAUUUGGCGGAAUUAAGUUGUUGCUGUGCAGAAUCAUGUUCUUGAACUCUAUAGUGUUGUUGCUAUCCUGAACACGUCAAUUCGAUCACUUCUUUCUGAUGCAAUCCGGUGAAACAAGUGAAAAUAAGAAGUUGAAAUACUCCAAUAAUUCGACUUGCAAGAUGACUCAAGCAGACCCUGCUCUUCCUAAUAGUACUGAUGGUCAAGUUUCUUUUCCAACUGAGAAGAUCGUGCAGUACCCAUUACCUGGUUAUGGUUCUCCAACAUCGGUUACUUUUAGUCCUGAUGACAAUCUUAUAUCUUACUUGUUUAGUCCCGAUCAAACACUGAACAGAAAAGUCUUCAUCUUUGAUCUCACAACUUGUAAGCAAGAACUGUUUUUUAGUCCUCCUGAUGGCGGGCUUGAUGAAGAUAAUUUAUCAGAAGAAGAGAAGCUUAGGAGGGAAAGGUCAAGAGAACGUGGUUUGGGAGUGACACGCUAUGAAUGGGUGAAAACAAGCUCUAAGAAGACCACAAUUAUGGUGCCUUUGCCUGCCGGGAUAUAUUUCAUGGAUCGUUCUUUACAACCACAGCUUAAGCUUCCUAGUGAUUCCUAUCCAAUUGUUGAUCCUCAUCUUUCUCCAGAUGGUACUAUGCUUGCUUAUGUAAGAAACAACGAACUACAUGCAUUAGAUCUUUUGUACAACAGGUCAAAACGAUUGACAUCUGGCGCUAAUGGGAGCACCAAGACGCAUGCUGUUGCCGAGUACAUAGCUCAGGAAGAGAUGGAUAGAAGGAAUGGCUAUUGGUGGUCACCAGACAGCAAAUGCAUAGCAUUUACUGAGGUGGAUUCAUCUGAGAUACCUCUUUACAGGAUCAUGCACCAGGGUAAGAGUACAAUUGGUUCAGAGGCUCAAGAAGAACAUGCUUACCCUUUUGCUGGGGCCUCAAAUGUCAAGGUUCGUCUCGGGGUGGUUCCUGUUAUUGGAGGACCUGUGACUUGGAUGGAUCUUUGCUGCGGGGGGAAUGAAGAUGAUGAAUAUUUGGCCAGAGUUAACUGGAUGCAUGGAAAUAUCCUCAUUGCACAAGUAUUAAACAGGUCUCAUUCCAAACUGAAGAUCCUCAAAUGUGAUACUAAAACAGGCCAGGGAAAAUGUAUCUUCGUUGAAGAACAUGACAAGUGGGUCAAUCUACACGAUUGCUUCACACCUUUGGAUAAAGGAGGUGGUUUUAUUUGGGCUAGCGAAAAAACAGGGUUUAGGCAUCUUUAUCUGCAUGAUGAAAAUGGGGUCUGCCUGGGACCCUUGACACAAGGUGAAUGGAUGGUAGAACAGAUAGUAGGGGUUAAUGAAACCUCUGGUUUUAUAUAUUUCACUGGAACUCUAGAUGGUCCUCUGGAGUGCCAUCUGUAUCGUGCUAAACUGCUCCCACAAAAUCCAUUAGAAAGCCCAGUGAAGUUGACCAGUGGCAAGGGAAAGCACGUGGUGGUGCUCGAUCAUCAAAUGCAGAAAUUUGUAGAUAUUCAUGAUUCUCUGGAAUCGCCUCCUAGAGCAUCCCUUUGCUCUUUGCACGACGGAAGCCUGAUUAUGUCUCUUUAUGAGCAACAAGCGUCUACAAUUCCAAGGGUUAAGAAGCUGCAACUCGAACCUCCAAAGAUUUUUCAAAUUCAAGCAAAAGACGGUACCAUUUUAUACGGAGCAUUAUAUAAACCUGAUGAAGGGAAGUUUGGACCACCACCAUAUAAAACUAUGGUUGCGGUCUAUGGUGGUCCUGGCGUACAGCUUGUCAGUGAUUCUUGGGCGAACACGGUUGAUAUGAGGGCUCAGUAUCUUAGAAGUAAAGGCAUCCUAGUGUGGAAGAUGGAUAACAGGGGUAGUUCUAGGCGAGGACUAGCAUUUGAGGCUGCAAUGAAGUACAACUUUGGACGUUUUGAUGCCGAAGAUCAGGUUGCUGGAGCCGAAUGGUUGAUGAAAGAAGGGCUGGCAAAAGCCGGUCAUAUUGGACUCUAUGGAUGGAGCUAUGGAGGAUACCUCUCUUCCAUUACGCUGUCAAGGUUUCCCAAUGUUUUCAAUUGUGCGGUUUCCGGUGCACCAGUGACCUCAUGGGACGGAUACGAUUCUUUUUACACCGAAAAGUACAUGGGGAUGCCGAGCGAGAACAAAUCAGGUUAUUCAUUUGGCUCGGUGAUGAGCCAUGUGGGUAAGCUGAAUGGGAAGCUGUUGCUGGUUCAUGGGCUGAUCGAUGAGAAUGUUCACUUCAGGCAUACGGCUCGGCUCGUGAAUGCGUUGGUGGGUGCUCGAAAAGCUUACGAGUUGUUAAUAUUCCCAGAUGCUCGACAUAUGCCUCGCCCUCUUAAGGAUCGGCUUUACAUGGAGGAAAGAAUUUGGGACUUCAUUCAAAGGAGUUUAUGAAGGAAUUCUGAUACUAUUUCAUUUGCAGUGUUUUUAUAUAUUCCUUUCUCUACACCAUAAAAAGAAUUGCAGGGUUUUUCUUUCUUAA